AUGGCGGAAGCUAACCCAAAACCUCUCCCCAAUAACGGCGGUGAUCCACUGAACAAGAAGAAUACUACCUCCGCCACCGCCGUCGGUGGUUCUAAAGAAGUCAAAAUUGAAGACACCGGCAGCAGCAAACCCAAGAAAGGAACAACCCCAUGUGAUAAUCCCGAUGAUUUGCGAGAAUUCUGCACUCCUUAUAUUCGAUUGGACAUUGGAAACGCAAGGGGAUGGAUUAGGAAAAUGAGAGAGCUUAAGAUCAAAUUCAACAACGACAGUGCUCCAACUGAUGAUGUUGAUAAGAAGGAAUUUGAAUUGUGGAAGAAGAUUUGGGGGAAUGAACAAAAGGGCGAUGAUCAUGAUCCAGAUGUGGGUUCAUCUAAAUGA